UAAGUGGAUAACACGAUGGAGGGUGCAUACAUUGUUUCGGAAAAUUAAACGAGCUUAAACGCUGGAGUGACCGCCAGGAAAUAUUUUACUAACAUUUCUCGCGUCAUAUUUUUUUUAGUCGUUAAAGUAUCAUUUUUACCCCUCUUCUUUCCUGAGAAACAAAUCUUGACCCGAAACAUAAUCAGUUUGGUUUUUGGCUGGAAUAUCGAACAUACACCAGAUUGCGACUUUAAAUUUACUCCUAAAAUUCUGGAAAAAUCGCCUACUUGUGAAUUACAGUCCUGAUUGAUUUUUCUUCGCCGAAAAUGAAUUGAGGAGGUCAUAGAACACUCAUGAAAAAUUACGUUCAGUAUUGGAAGGAUUUCUUCGCACUGUCACAGUUGGUUUUGCUCUCCUCACUGUGUGUGACACUUUCUUUCAUAUAAAAAAACAUAUUCGCAGGUAAAUAUCCGUAACCAUAUAACUUCUGGAGAAUGAGCUGCAAGCAGAAUCAGUGAAGCAACAAAGUCUUAAAAUUUAACAUUGAAGUUCUGUAAGUUGCGAUUCUACCCACGACACAUUUUCACACUUGAUAUUGAUAGAAACACAAAAUUAACUCUGUUAAAUUAUGAAGGCGUUUAUCACUCUCUCAAUUAUAUUGCUCGCUAGUGAAUACUUUGCCCAGCAAGAAAAUGCCGAAAAUCUCGAGGCAGGUGCCAGAACAGGGACCCAAUUACCUCCCCUUGCCUUCAACCCACGGCUUCAAUUGGUCGACGUUUCAGGUGAGCAUGAAUUUAGACCCCCCGGAAAAGGGGAUGAAAGAGGCCCAUGUCCAGGGCUUAACGCUCUCGCCAACCACAACUACCUCCCACGCAACGGAGUCGGUAGCAUCCAGCAGUUCAUCGAAGCCACAAACCGUGUGUAUGGGCUAGGAAUCGACAUCGGAACGAUUCUCGCCGUCUACGGAUCCGUAUUCGUUGGCGAUCUAACCAAGUGGAGUAUAGGGGGUCCAUCAAAAGACGUUAAACUUCCCGGUGUCCAGGGGCUUUUGAACGAACCCAAAGGCCUCUCGUUCAGCCACAAUAAGUACGAGGGCGACGCCUCACCAACCCGCGGGGAUCUUUACCUUUUCGGUGACGCAGCGAGGCUCCAGAUGUCCCAGUUCAAGGAUCUCUACUUCCGCAACACGAAAUACGACUUGGACAUGAUCAACGCUUUCCACUCACGACGCUUCGAGCAAAGCAAGCGUUCGAACCCUUACUUCUUCCGGGGCCCCCUCACGGGAGUCGUCGUCACGCCGGCUGCCUACUUCUUCAUUUUCAGGCUGAUGGCCAACAGGACUGCAGAGCAUCCCGAGGGGAUUCUCACCCGGAAUGUGUUAAAAUCGUUCUUCGGUGUCACAGGGGACGACAAAAAUUUGAGGUAUUUUCCGGGCCACGAGCGCAUCCCGCACAAUUGGUACAGGCGCGCGAUUGGAAACGAAUACACGAAUGUAUUCUUCGCCACCGACUUGUUGAAGACCGCCCUCAAGUAUCCGAAGUUCCUCUCCAUCGGUGGUAACACCGGCACCACUAACUCGAUGACCCUGGUCGAUCCUGCGAACAUCACGGGAGGGUUGUACAACGUUCGUAAUCUACGACAGGGUAACAAUGCUGCCUGCUUUGGGAUCCAGUUUGCCCAGUUGGCCAUGCCGGACCUACUCAAGGACACUAUCAGCGAUCUUACGAAGAGUGUCUUGGAAACCGUCAACACUUUGGUUCAGAAUGCCACGGCCGAUCUUAAAUGCCCGCAAUUGAAAACUUACAGCACGGAACCAUUCAACAAGUACCCCGGCUAUACCAGAUCUCUUUGACUUGGGUUCCGUUUAAUAAUUGUAUUUGUAGGUAGAAUGAAUAAAAUACUAUAAAAAAACAAUUUAAAAAGCGGGUAACAAGGCUAAAAUUUUACAUACACAAAACCAAAACGUUUCGGCUGAAAAUUUAGCCAUCCUCAGUUGCAUGAAUCAAAAUAAAAAUGGUUAAAAAUCUAAAAUAGUACCUGAUAAGUACCUUUCAAUUGGGAAUGUUGUUAUUAUACAACAACAUAACAUAAUAACAACAUUCCCAAUUGAAAGGUACUUAUCAGGUACUAUUUUAGAUUUUUAACCAUUUUUAUUUUGAUUUAUGCAACUGAGGAUGGUUGAAUUU